AUGAACUAAUAAGAAUAAGAAAAGUUUAAUCAAAUCAUCUCAAAUGGUUACAAAGAACUCAUAACCAAAAGACCAAACAAACCUUUAGAGCAUUUUAUCUAUUAUUUGUUGACAUCUUUGCCAGAAGAAAUAAGAAACAAAGACCAGAUCACUCGUGACUUCUUUGAGCAAUAUCAGGAAAUAGAUCUAAAGGAUGUCAAGGAGAUUUGAGAAUAUUGCAUAUUGCUUAUCAUUAUUCAUUAUAUAUUUUUGAGAG